CUAGCUCAACAGGUCUUCCCGGGAGGGUUCUCAGUACGGUCACAGCCAGGUCACAGGUUAAUCAGCGGACCACAGGUUAGAGUCGAGAAGAUCGCGAUGACUACGAUCAGCCAGGAUGGAGUGAAGGCGGCUAGAACGUGCAGCGUGAUUUUUGUGGCUCUGGUGGCUGUCGGCUUGCUUUGCUCCGCUCACGCUUCUCCUCUCACGAAGGCUGGCUCCCAGAGGCUCGACAUCACUGCAGCAUCCCGGACUAAGAGGAACUCCAGGAUAAUUGAAGAGUGCAUGUUGGUGGGCCUGGAGGAAGGCACCUACUUCUACAAGAGCCGCGGCACCGGUGAUGUCUGCGGCGUCUACCUCAUCAGUCAGCCGGACGAGGCCAUCCAGGUGUCCUUCGAUUACCUGGAUGUCGACUGCGACGUCAACGGCCUCGUCAGCUUCGUGGACGGCUGGGAGCUGGGCGGCGAGCUGUUCCCGAGCGAGGUGGACGCGCCUCUGGAGGGCCGCGUACACGAGUUCUGCGGGAGGCUGAAGAAGAAGGUGUUCCAGAGCUCAGGCAACGCGGCCCUGAUCCAGUACCGGGUGCCGAGGAGGGGCAACGGCUUCAAGAUCACCGUGAGAUAUACCAAGAAUCCCACACCCUGCAACAUCCUAGUCGACGACGUGUCCGGCCUGUACACCCUGCGGAACCACGGGCGUCGCUCCAACUGCUCCAUCACCACCAUCUUCCCGGCGUCCGUGUCCAUCGCCCAGAUCGCCGUCGGGAUUAAGGGCUCCCUGGUGCCGAACAGGGCCAUCGAGACGGGGGUGCUCAGCAGGUGUGAGAAGCGCGGGUCGAGGGACUACGUGCAGAUCGGCGGCGCCCAGGGGUUGGACGUCACCAAGCUGGAGGUUGAAGACUCGGUGUGCGGACUUGACUCCAACCCACGUCUGCCAGCGUCGCACAUCCUCUGCGGCAUGACCACCGUCCGCAUGGUUUCUUCAGGACUAACUGACAACUCCAUCACUCUUGCCAUCUCGCAGAUCUCCGAUUUUGAUAUCAUGCCAACGCUGAUGUGUGACUUACCUCUGUAAGCUUGAGAGUCGCCUUCCCACAGAGGUCCUUGAGAAGACAUCCGACCAGCAGCUCUGUUUCUAUCCCCUCUCCUCUCAUCUCCUCGCCAAAAAGAUGCUCGUCCAAUCGUCCAUCUGUCCACCUGUCCACUCGUCCACUCGUCUACUCGUCACUCGUCCCUCUGAGAAAAGGAAAAAAAUGAUUGGGAUGACUUUCGUUCGUUCGUUCAGAGUUGGAUAUAAAGAAAAACGAAAUUUGACUUCUUCGUUUUUUUUUCGCUGUUUUUUUUGCUCUUGUUUUUCGUUUUUUGGGGUUUGUAUUUGUUUAUUUAUUUAUUUAUUUAUGUGUUGUUUUGUAGGUUGAGAGGUUUGCUGUUCGAUUUUUUUUUUGUUUUCUUUUUUUCUUUUUCUUUUUACUUUGGUUAUUAUCGUUUGUGUUUGUGAUUCCCUCUUUCGCUCCCCUUCGAAUGAACUGUGUGAAAGGUGCAAGUGAAAAUAAACAGUUCUGAUAGAGCAGCAGAUGUAAUUUAUGGAAUGCUGAUGAAGAUGUGACUCAAAACCGCAUCAUUUUACGUCUGUUGUGUGGAGAAGUUACUCUAAUUUUUAUAUUUUGUACAUUGAAGAAAUGCCAUUAUCGUAACCUCAAUUUGUCUGUGUCUUUCUGUGUCUUUCUGUCGUAUCUUAGUAUGGUCCGUUUGAUUUCCUGUCUCUCUCUUUUCUUCUUUUGUUUCAUCAUACCCUCCAUCUUUUUCAUACUGUUAUUAUUUGUUAUCCUUUGCUCCUCUGUUUUGUAAAUCAGACAGAAGUCCUUAUCUCAGAUCCUUGAAUCGUCUCUCUCUCUCUCUCUCUC